AUCUGGCGAUAAUUUUAAUUAAUUCAGUAUUAGACUUCGCUAAAGUUUGCUAUUUUUUUGUGUGUUCCAAAAUGUGUAUUUGCAAAGUUACUUAUUAGUUUUAUAAUGGUUUGGGACUACUGUUCAGUUAAUUUAAACAGUGAUUCAACGGGAAGUUUUUAUGCUGGGGAUAUAGUGACGGGCUCGGUGUAUUUAAAAUUUAAACAGAGAAAAAAUAUUGAACGUAUUGAAUUUAUAGUCGUGGGUACAAGCAAGGCACAAUGGACACGACCCCGACCAACAAUGCCACAUAUAAAAAUAUACUCAGAAAAGAAAAAGCUGCUACAUAUUACUGAGGAUCUCUUCGAAAAUAUUCAAGGUAAAACAGUAGAACCAGGAGUAUUAACUUACCCUUUCCAUUUCGCUCUGCCCAAUGAUUUGCCAUCAACCUUCGAAAGUGGUUUUGCUAAAGUUCAUUACUGUAUUAAAAUCAAAAGCAAAGGGGUUUGCAAACGUAAAAAAGUUACUCCAUUUGUAGUUUUUGGGAAUAUUAAUCUAAAUCAUAUCGAAGAAUAUUUGGAAACUUCGAAAUAUACAUUUCAUAAAACUUGUUGGAAUUCCGAAACUGUAUCAUUUAUUAUUAAAACUUAUACAGCAUUCGCUUCUAAGCAAACUGUACCCCUCGAAAUAACAGUGAAGAAUGAAACGAAAAUCAAAAUAUUGAAACUGACAGUUUUAUUAAUUCAGAAGCUUCGGUAUUCCAUUAGAGAAGGAUAUGCUGACGAGGAGAAAAAAAUAAGUAAGGUGGAGCAUGAUAAAUUCCAGAAUACAAAAGAAGAAUCAUUUGCUCUUAGUAUUGAAAUACCUCACAUUUGUCCUACGAGUUUACAUAUUCCAGAGCCUAUGAUAAAUAUAUCGUAUGCAUUAAGAGUAAGUGUCCUGCUAAAUUUAUUUAGAUUGAAAUAAAAUUUCCAUUCCAUUCCACUUUUCACGAAGACAUACCGGUGACAGUUGCAACUGUACCAGUUCUUCAUUAUGAUUUUAAUGAAAACAACGAAUAAAAAUUUUAAUUAACA